AUGGAAUUAUUAAGGGAUCCAUCCAAAGAUCGUGUUGUGAAAACUCUGAAGCCACCUCCUCAUCGUCCUCUCUCCAAUUAGCUCAUGUUUCCAGACAAACUGAAAAGUACAAGGUUUCAUUAUUCAGAUAAACCUGAUUGGAGAAUAUUAUUGGAUCAUCUAUCUAAAGAAGGGAGAAUUGCAAAGGAAGAUCUCAUUAAAUUAGUUACAGAAUGCAAUAAAAUAUUAAGUAAUAUUUGUUUAACACAACAGAAAAUGAGGGAAAUCUCAUAUAUUUGCAUGAUCCAUUAACUGUUGUAGGCGACAUUCAUGGCCAAUAUUAUGAUUUGGUUAAGAUGUUUGAUGUUGGAGGCAAUAUUGAAACAACUAAAUAUUUAUUUUUGGGCGAUUUUGUCGACAGAGGCUCAUUUUCAAUAGAAGUGGUCGUUCUGGCAUAUGCAAUUAAGAUCAACUUUCCAAAUUCUGUUUUUUUCCUAAGAGGAAACCAUGAAUGUAGACAGCUUACAAGCUUCUUCAAUUUUAAGGACGAAUGUAUACAAAAAAAAACCCUCUCAUCAAGGCCUCUAUAAGUAUGACCAAGAAACCUACGAUUUA